AUGCAGGGUCCUUCUCAGAGAUGGGGCUACAUUCGAAUCAUGUCUGGCACAAUCUUCGGAGGCAUCCUCGGUUUCUAUGUUAUGCAUCGUGUUGAGAUCACUUACAAGGAGAAAAUGAAUGAAAGGCUGAGAAAUUAUGAAGCUGAAUUGAAAAGAAAGAGGGAAGAGAAACUUAAUGAGUUUGAGAUUGAGGAAUCAUCUAAGUUUUGA